CUAGCCGCGGAGCUAACGUGCUAGCCUCUGUUGUCAAAGAGAGACUGACAGCAACACCCGACCGACGGACCGGCCCGAACCAUCUCACGAGAAGGUACACAGGCGGAAAGUUUCCGACAAGUAAAUUACAAGCUCUUCUUCAUAUCCGAACGUGAUCCGGCAGCCUGGAGAUAGCAGAGCUGGGGCUCUGCAGAAAGGGACUUCUUUCAUACUCGCCCGCCUUAAGAUAUCGAGUCAUUAAACUCUCAGCAUAUUAAAGCCAUAAGGAUUUUGGCAUUGGGAAAAGUUCGUCAGGCACUCCAUCAACUGGAGAUAUCAACAGACUGAGUUUGUGGACUCCUAUGGGCAAAAUGGACAGACUAUAAAUAAAAUAUCAACUUCAGAGGUGCACGUUGAUUUCGUAAUGACAAGCUGCUGUGCAGAAGAUGUCCACGCUGUCUGUGACUGAUAUCCCAGAUGUUGGUCAUGAUGAAGGUAAGGUGUUUGAUGGGGCGUCUGAGCUGCAGCUGGACUACAUGGUUGAGGAGAGCAGCGGAGGCCCCACACUGAAGCCCGAUGGGCUGCUAUCCCUGACCAGCCUCUCCCCGCCCAAUGACUUCCCUGUCCCUGCUCAUAAUGGCCCUUCACUGACUGACAUUAGCAGUCCUCUGCCAGUGGAGCCAAAUGACAUUAAGAUGGAUCCAGAUGCAGGGGACACACCUUCCAUCAUAGGUGAGAAAAAAGACGGCCGGCCAGCGAAGAGGAAGAAGGGGCCUGCUCCAAAGAUGCUAGGAAAUGAGGUGUGCAGUGUUUGCGGCGACAAGGCCUCUGGUUUCCACUACAAUGUGCUGAGCUGUGAGGGCUGCAAGGGCUUUUUUCGCCGAAGCAUCAUUAAAAGUGCCCAGUACAGCUGCAAGAACAACGGUCGCUGUGAAAUGGACAUGUACAUGCGCCGCAAGUGCCAGCAGUGUCGUCUGCGAAAGUGUCGGGAGGCAGGCAUGCUGGAGCAGUGCGUGCUUUCUGAGGAGCAAAUACGACUUAAAAAGAUGAAGAAACAGCACGAUGAGGAAACAGCUCGCACAUCCACAGUGGUCACACCCACCCCUCCACCGGAAACAGCCACUCUUGAUCCACAGCAGCACGAGAUGAUUGAGAAGCUGGUGUCCAUGCAGAAGCAAUGCAACAAGAGGUCUUUCCUUGACCGACCAAAAGUGACGCCUUGGCCACAGAGUCAGGAUUUGCAGAAUCGAGAAGUGCGUCAGCAGCGGUUCGCCCACUUCACUGAGCUCGCCAUCAUGUCAGUUCAAGAGAUUGUGGACUUUGCUAAGCAGCUUCCUGGCUUCCUUGAGCUCACAAGAGAAGACCAGAUCGCUCUGUUGAAGACCUCUACCAUUGAGAUUAUGCUGCUUGAAACAUCUCGACGUUACAACCCUGCCAUUGAAAGCAUCACAUUUCUGAAGGAUUUUAGCUAUAAUAAGGAGGAUUUUGCCAAAGCAGGGCUUCAGUUUGAGUUCAUAAACCCCAUCUUUGAGUUUUCCAAAGGAAUGAAUGACCUGCACCUUGAUGAGGCUGAAUAUGCUCUGCUCAUCGCUAUCAACAUCUUCUCUGCAGAUCGGCCAAACGUUCAGGACCAUGAUCUGGUUGAGAGGCUGCAACAACCAUAUGUGGAUGCACUGCGCUCUUACAUCAUGAUAAAGAGACCAAAUGAUCAUCUGAUGUUCCCCCGUAUGCUGAUGAAACUGGUGAGCCUUCGCACGUUAAGUAGUGUUCACUCGGAGCAGGUUUUUGCCCUACGCCUGCAGGAUAAGAAACUUCCCCCGCUGCUGUCUGAAAUCUGGGAUGUCAAUGAGUGACUGCAGUCCCGAUGUUGAACUCUGUGGCUUUAUGAACCCUGAUACAGGACAUCACAUCAAGCAAGACCACAGACUCCUUUUCUGCCGUUUUGGUCAGAGAUUGAUUAUUGCAUUGAGAUUUUUUUUUUUCAAUUUUUUUUUCUUUCCCUCUCAAGAAGGAGGAGAGCAUUGUUGCCUCUUUGCUCACUAACGGACUGCUGAGUGGCUUUGUGUUCAUUAGGAGAACCAUGAAGGCCGCCUUUUUUUUCUUUUUUUGGUUUGUUUUUCCCUUUCAUGUAGAUGCUGACAUGACACGUUCCUGCAUUUGGCUUUUCAGACAGUUAUUUCUGGUUUAAUACUAGCUGAAAGUUGUGUCAGUCCGUAGAGCUGUUCUGUGCUCUUCUAAAAUUUAAAAUCAGGAAAGUGCGGAGCAGGUCUUUGCUGUGACUGUGACUGUCUCAAACAUCAGGAUUAUGGACCUACGUUAAGUCGAAAAGUGAUUUCUGCAGUUGUGCAAUAGAUGGAAUUGUAUCUAGGAUUGAGCAGACCUAUAUCUGCCAUUCGCUUAAUUAAUGUUUGGUUAAUUUAGAAGGCCAUGUAGUUGGUAUUGCACACUUGUAAUAUACCUUAAAAAAGUUGUAUUCCCCUUGGAGUUACAGAAAUCCAAAAAUUGGGUUACAGGGCUCCAGACUGCAGUUUAGGGUUUUGGCAUUUUUUUGCAACAAGGCACACCGGGAUUUAAAAAAAAAAAAAUUCAGUUAUUCUUUCAGUCGUCAUCAUAUUAAUUGUGAAACACAAAGAGGGAGUGACAAUCUGUUUGUGUUUGUAUCUUGUGUGAAUAAGAGAGUAGAGAAUCAACACAAGACUUUUGGCAUUUUAAGAGUCAUCUGUUUAAGCUCUCUAAAAAGCAGGCAAUCUCGGAUGGAAAAUACGAAGACCACCUCCUGUUCUGAAAUGUGCAAGCAGUAGGCAAACUGUGCACACACACUGUUCCUGGUGCGACACAAAUGUGAAACGUGUAAAGGACAGCAAGGCGUCACGUGUGUCUACACGGGAACAGAUUCACUAUCAUGCAGCAGCAUUUUAAAGUCAAAUUAUUAGUCUGCAGAAGAGGUUCGUCGGACAAGUUUAAUUGUUUUGAAAUUACUAUUAUGUGCUACUGAUUGGAAGUGGCACUUUUAACAUUCACCUAACUCACCAGAUUAAUUGUUAUUCUGUCUUAAGUGCAUUACUGAUAAAUCCUUUGGUAAUCAAGUCAGUUUAUCCUUCAGGAAUAUCAAACCAGUUUUAUUUUAAAGGAAGAAUUUAAUGUUGACCUUUAGAUGGCUGUUGUUGUUUUUUUAAGUAACUGUUUUUGCAAAGUAAUUCUUUGUGUCUGUUUUCCUUUAAAAUAAAUAAGAAUUUUGGUCAUUUCUGUAAAUUGUCUGUUUAUAACCAAAUAAUUAAUUUAUCAUUCAUGCAGUCAAGAUAGACUGUUUUCUAAAUUAUGUGCUGCUGCUUUUAACAUUUUCAGUUUGGAGCACCAGUGCCUCUAGUUAAAAGUUAAAUAAAUAAAAUAAGUUAGUCUGGAGUCCUGGUUAAGUUGCUCAGGUAAUGUGAAUAUAAACCUCUGACAAGUGGAGUCUUCUUUCAUUUAUGUUUUAAUAGUUGAGCUUUCUUCUGGGUGCAUACAAGAUUGUUUUGGUCACAAACAAACAAAAUUUUACAUAAAGCAUAUAUUUAUUUUCAUGUAAAAACCGUGUUAAGCACCCAGAAGAAUGCACAAUAACAUUAACGCACAAGACGGUAAACCUACACACAUCUGGGCGACUGCUAUCAUUUACAGGAAACUGUGAUUUAACUUUUUUUUCUAAGCUGUGCACUCACUGGUACCUUCACAUGGGUGCUACUAAUGUGUUGAGAAAUUAAAAGAUAUCAGAAUCUAACUUCAAAAAGAACUUUUCUCUGACGUUCCUUUCGAAAGAGACCCGUUCUUACAAAGUUGUACUUACAAAUGACCAAAGUAGACCCGAUUUAUCUCUUCAUUUGUUUUUAUUUGAUUGUGAAGUAGUUUUAAUAGUUCCAUCAAUGAGCAGUACUACUUUUUUCUUCAUUGUUGGUUCAUGAUUUUCUAGAAUUAAAAGUAUGCAGAAUAGAUUUAAUUUUAACUAGAUUGACUUUGUUUACUUUUGAUAAUUUGCUUUAUUACAAAUAUUGAGAGAAAAAAUAUUUAAAAAUAAUUCAAUCUAAAGAUGUGCAAUAGUCUUAAAUUAAACAGUUACUCAAAGUCAGCAGCUUUAACUGGUCCAGUUCUGGAAAGCCUCAUUAAAAAUGUACUAGUUUUAACAGGGAAGAAGAAAAUAAAAAUCUGAGUUUAAUUUCAUAACCGCAGAGAUUCCGAUGUUUAUGUCCAUGCUUCAUUUUCAGUCUUUUUGAGUUUUUCAGUUGUGUUGCGUCAAAGAUGAUUGAGUCUCAGUGUAAGUUAAUAAUUAUUACGUUUAUUUUUUCUGCCUUUCAUUUGAGUCAAGAAAUAAGUAUAACAUCAUUGCAAUCUUGUUUUGAUGUGACAGUAAUUUCAUUUACUAUCUGUGUAGCUUUUUCAAAGCCUAUAAGAGCUGCCACGGGCAAAUAUUUGUUUGAUCUGUUUAAACAUUGAUGCUUUCAAUUCUUUUCAAAACUCAUAUGAUGCAGCUUUGAAAAAUCAGAUGAUACAGACUUGAAGCUUUGUACAGUAGUGGUCUGCAGUUGUUUUGUGGGUUUAACUCAUUAAAAUGGUGUUCAACCUUGACAUGUGACAGUUAUAAUUGGACACAGGCUCUUUAGAUGAGCACACAAAUCCAAAUGCAUGCAACUCUUAGUUUUCAUUGAUUUAUUUUUUUUUAAUAAAUGCACCGUUUUGCAGCACGCAUUCUCCCUUUUUAAAGUUGGAAAACACUUAGAAUAGAAUUUGGCUGUCAUUCAUAUAUUUUCUUUCCCACCUGUGGCAUCUUAAAACAUCUGAUGGGGGGGGGAAAAAAUAGUAAAUUUGUAAAAAUCACAUCCUUUUUUUUGUUUUUGCUCUUCGGCUGAUCUAUGACACAGCUGCUUGUGUCACUCCGAUAACUUAAGUGAUCUAAUGAGACAAUAAUACACUGCUGCAGUCUGGUGCUUCAGCAUGUUGGAUUAAACUGUGUCAACACACUUUGUAUAAAAUUCUUUUUAAAAAGUGCUGAAUAUUGACAACUAGAUCUUGCCCCCUUUUCUUUUUUUCUCCCCCCUUACUAAAUCAACAGUGGGGGGGUAACUCCGGCUGCACAAUCAUCACGGUAAUGGUUGGUUCAUAGAUUUUCUUCAUUGACUGAUGUUUGGAAAGAUGCCUAACAAAAGAGUACAGUUCAGUAUUUUUUACACAACAGCACAGCCUUGGGUUAGUGUGGUUUUCUUUUCUCCUUAGCUGUCAUGUUGCAUUACUAAAUUGAAUUUUGCUUGGAAUAAAAUCGUAAAUCUAACAUCACGAAACUGAAUUAUGGACUCCAGAGGGCAAUCUGUACAUAGGUACGCAUUUUGAUUAAACAAAAACACAUGAAGUUAGAAAUGAUUUUCUGUCAUUUACCGAUCACGUUUGAAUCCUUUUCCCAUUACAAAAUAUGAUUCAUUAUAUUUUCAUCAUUGUCUCAAAACACCAAGACCCUUCAGUAAUGUGUUUUAUUUUUGUUGAAAGCAGCUGAUAAACAUGAGUGCAUUCAAGAAUUGUAAGUUCAUGUUUGUGUUUUUAAUUUCUUCAGUUAUGAAAUUCCUUCUUUUCUGAUCCUUUGCAAUGAAAAUGUGAGGUUUGUUUUUUAAAUGUUUGGUUUGAUAUUUGCAGGUUAUCUCUAACAAAACACUUACUAGGUUGUUUGAAAUGUUUUCUCCUCCGUGAGGGUGAAUCUUCUACCCUUUCGCAGUCAAAUGUCAUGUCCAUUAACAGGGGGAAUAUGAUCAAACUGAAGAUAUGAGUGUGCUGCUUUCUAAUCGACUUUAAAAAAAAAAAAAAUCUGUUUUUGGCUCUUGAAGUUGUUAUGUACAUGUUAAUGCUGUAGGUAUCAUGGUUAAUUGUACUGUAUAUACUUUAACUGUAAUCUCCGAUAUCUUUUUAAAUCAUGUCUUCAAAGGGUGAUGCUGUAAACUUGAUUAAUUAUAGAAAUUCAAACCUAUUUUAAUACUUGUAACUUCUGUUUUGUAUGUACAGUAUAAAUUAAAGCUCUGCUGUAGUGCUGA